AUGACAUCGGAAUCUUAUGUUAUUGAACGAAAAGCAAUUGAUAUUUCUGGUCGAUUAGGUUCAUUGUAUGAUGCAUCAUACGAUAGAUUGACUAAUAAUUACUCCAUCGAGGCAUCUAACGUUCAAAUACUUAACGAACCUUCUAUAUGUAGAAUAUUCUCGGGUGAUCAAUCAAUUGAUUUAAUAACUUAUCUUAGAGAAAUGGAUAUCAAUGAUGAUCUUCGACAAAGUAUUCUUCUCCGUAUGGUUAAUCCAUCAGGAGUUAGUUCUCUAGUCAAUCAUAAUCAACCAAUUCAUGCUAAUAUUCGUUUUCUAUAUUAUUCAUACCGAAGUAAAGAAGAAGAAUUGAAUUUUACAGCUGGAAAAUUAGAUCAAAUUAUUCGACUUCCAUCUUCAACUCGUGCAACUCAUAUGAUCACCAAAAUAAUAUGGGGCAUAGAAAUUUUAUGCAUUAUACCAAUUUCAAAUAAUCACUCUAUGAAGACUAUUGACAAUUUACUUGAGACUAUUUUCAAUCGAUUACAAAAUAGUAGGGGUAAUAUCCAUCUAACUAACAUUGAGAAACGUCAAAUUGAUGAACUGAUUAAUGUUACGAUAUAUAGCUCUGAAACAUGUAUCGACAAUCCUAAUACAUCAUUAUUAGUUGUUCUGAAUAAACUAAAUGAUUGGCAGAAAUAUACAAAUUUUCAUCAUCCACUUAUCUAUACGAUGCAUUCAUUAAGAUGGCUUAAUAACAAUGAUCAAUUUCCAGUAACAUACAAUCUGACUGACCAGAUUCGUUAUGAUGUUGAACAAAUUCAAACUUUCAUCAUACCGAUAGAUACAUCGAUAAAAGAUGUUCAACAGUUGUUAGAGAAAAUUCCAGAAACUUUUUCAGAUCCUACAUUAAAUCAACAGUGGACACAUUAUAAAGAAGAGUUCUCUACUUUAUUAGAAACAUAUGAGAAUUGUCGAAAAUGUCUUAGAAAAACACUCUCAGAUAUUCGUCAAAAUGCUUGUAAAUCAAUACAAAUCAACAAAAUCAUAUCAGAUCCACGUUAUUCAUCGUUAAAAACUAACUUUAAGGAUUUUUAUCAACAAAUACAUCGAUGGUUUUCAAAAAUGAUGUUAAUUGAACAAUUGAUUAAUGAUCAAAUUCAGUAUGUUAAUAUUUUAGAUAUUAUUCCUCAUGAACAUAGUUUUAUGACAAUGGAAGAUAUUGAUGCAAUAUUAAAAUGUUCUUUGACAAACAAACAUAGUUCUGUAAUUCUAUGGUAUUCAAGUGAUCACCUAAAACGAAGAAAACCAGACAAAUGGAAAGAAAUAUAUCAACGUUUAAUCAUAGAAAAACAAAAAACAACACAAGAAACUUCUUGUAUUUAUGUUGACUUUAGUCCAUGUAAUAAAAAAUUACAAGACUUCAAUGUAGUACAGCUACCUAUUGAAUUAACAUCAAAACUUCGACGUGAUCAUCCCAAAGAGCGACCAUUACCAUCAGCAUCCUCACCAACGCUACACCGAUCAACAAAGCAGCGAUCCCUGGUAUCUUCACUUCCCUCAGAAAGAAAAUCAUCAUCAGUAACUGAAAUUAAUGUGUUACUUAUGGGUGAAACUGGAGUUGGAAAAUCAACAUUCAUUAAUGCAUUUGUUAAUUAUUUAAUGUUUGAUACUCUUGAACACGCUGAACAACAUGAACCAAUUGUAUUAAUUCCAGUUUCGUUUCUUAUUACGACUGGUGAUCAAUUUGAUGAGUGUACUAUUAAAUUUGGUGAUGUUGAUUCGAAUGAAAAUUAUGAACAUCAAGGUCAAUCAGUAACACAACAAUGUAAAUCAUAUGUAUUCAAUUUAAAUGAAAGAUUACUUUUACGUUUAAUUGAUACACCAGGUAUGGGUGAUACACGU